GCCGUGCUGGAGGUCGCCGUGCCGGUCGCCGCCGCCGCCGCGCUGGACGUGCUGGGGGACAUCGUCACCUACGACAACCACAAGGUGUUCCGCGUGGUGCCCGCCGACCAGAGGCAGCUCUCCGCCCUGGACGAGCUCCUCCAGACCGGCGACCUGGACGUCUGGAGCAAGUCGCGUGAAGUCAACACCCCGUGGGACAUCAUGGUGAACCCGCGGUCCGCCGACCUCGUGCGGAAGGCCCUGGAGGAGCACCAGCUGGACUGGAAGGUGCUCAUCUCCGACGUCGGCAGGGCGCUGUCUCCUGCCGAGAAGAAGACCGGGCAGCCCGGCGUGUCCUCCAGGUCGGCGCCGGGGACUUCCGACAGCCCGCGGUACCUGCGCUACAAAGAGGUCAAUGAGUUCCUGGACGACCUGGCCAAGCGAUUCCCCAAGAUGGUGACCGUCAAGACCAUCGGCAAGUCCAGCGAGGGCCGCGACCUCCGCGUCAUCACCAUCUCGUCGUCCAAGACGCUGGGCGACGACGGCGGUGACAUCGACCCCACCGACGUCGAGGACAAGGACAAGCAGGACAAGCAGGAGCAGGACCGGGAGGGCCGCGCCAAGAAGAAGAACCGCAAGGGCAAGGCCAAGCCCGGCAUCUUCAUCGACGCGGGCAUCCACGCGCGGGAGUGGAUCGCGCCCGCCACCGCGCUCUACAUCAUCCACCAGCUCGUGGAGAACGCCACGCACACCGCCAAGCUCACCAACGACGUCGACUGGCACAUCCUGCCGCUCAUGAACCCCGACGGCUACGAGUACUGCCACACCACGGAUCGCCUGUGGAGGAAGACGCGCUCCAAGACGUGGUGGGGCCUGGGCUGCGCCGGCGCCGACGCCAACAGGAACUUCGACUUCCAUUGGCGAGAGGUGGGCGCCAGCUGGUCGUCCUGCUCCUUCACCUACGCGGGCAGCAAGCCCUUCUCCGAGCCCGAGUCCCGCGCGGUCCGGGACUACCUGCUCGCCAACAAGGAGCAGCUUAAGAUGUACCUCACGUACCACAGCUACGGCAAUUUCCUGCUGUAUCCUUGGGGCUACACCAACACACUCCCCAGUGACUGGAAGACCCUUGAUGCUUUGGCGAAAAAGGCCAACGCUGCGAUGGUUGCCGCUGGAAGUGAACCCUACACCAUUGGCAGCUCAACGAAUGUGCUCUACGCGGCGGCGGGGGGUAGCGACGACUGGGCGAAGGGUGUGGCGGGCAUCCCGCUGUCCUACACCAUCGAGCUGCCGGGCGGCAACGGCCACGGCUUCGACCUGCCCGCCUCGUACAUCCCCGAGGUGGGCCGCCACCAGAUGCACCUCAUCACCGUGUUCGCCAAGUACGUCGGCGCCAUGAAGCAGGGCCAGAACAAGGAGUGACCUGGACCCGUACACGCUAGACUGAGCAGUCCAAAUAGGCGCCUCGAUUACUAAUAAAAGUUUCAAAAAAGUUUUGAACUGCCGUUUUGCGGCGAUUUGGAGAACUAUCCUACGGUGCUAUCUCCCUCAUUUAAUUAGUGUAAUUAUAUUUAAUAUUUAUUUCAAUCUGUGUAUUUAUGUUAAUAAAUAAUUCUG